AUGAGCAUCUCAGUGGAUCUCGUCGUCACCUUGACGGAGGCUGUUAAUCUGCAACGUGAAGCCUUGCGCUCGAUGGUCUCUACCAAGGGCCGAUGGUUGGCUGUCGACGAUGAGAGCUCAGUUGGUCACAGAUGCGGUCUGCCUUCCCACAACUUGGUCACGAACAUCAAAAUCAAGAGACAGAAGGUAAAUCAGGAGCGAAUAACUCAGAAAAACGACGCCGAUAUGAUCAAAGCAGACAGCGAGUAG